AUGAUUUUUGUUUUAGCAGAGGAUACGGCCACUGCUCAAAAACCAGCCGAAGACAAACCUCCAACAGAUGCAAUUCCAGGAGACACACCUCCUACCGAUACUCAAUCAGACGUUGCAAAUCCCGAUGAAUCUGCUGCACCACAACUCCCGGAUCAAACUUCUCCACCGCAACUAUCAGUUUCGACCACAACUGCUGCACCAGCUAGAUCUACAACAAAGAAGCCGGCUAGAAAACAGUUGGUGAAAAAGAAACCGGCGAACAAAAAAUUUGUUUAUAAAAAACCAGCGAUUAAGAGGCAACCAAAUAGGAAGCAAGCUAACAGAAAACCUGCGGCAAAUAAGAAAGCUCCGGCAAAGAAAUCGAAUGUAAUUAGAGCAAUAAGUAAGCAAGUGGCUCAUACAAACGGUGCUCCGGUCAAACAAUCGAAUAUUGUACAUCUGGUUAUUAGAACUAAGUAA